CCUAUAUAGUUUAAAAGACUCUUCCUAUUCAUCAGUGUCCUGCGUCGUAUCCAAUCUUAUUGCAGAAGGACGUACUUGCAUAUCCGUCGCUCCAAUCAGGAACAUAAACCCCGAUUCUCGAUCAGCACCCAAAGGGACCCGAAUACUCUAUGGUCUUCUAAUUCGAACAUCAAGAAAGACGAUAUCAUAGGGGGAACACAACCAGUCGGAUGUCCAGGACAUAUAUAGAGCGCGACAGUCGCGGACGAGAGCGUCUAGUAUUAUCGCGCACUGGAUCAUAUCGCAGAUCUUCAUCACAAGGCCGCAUUCCUCUUCGGGAUCUUCUCGAUGAAGCUGAAGUGCGAGAAGAAGCACUUACUGCCGAAGUGAGGUCUCUACAACUUCAAUUAAGUGAGUCUAAACGGUCAGAAUGGCACCUCCAAAAUCUACGAAUCGAGCACCAAAAGGUCGUCAACGAACAUUAUGGCUGCCGGCAUAUGCAGGCACAACUCGAAGCUCAAGGCAGGGAAGUUAGGAAAGUGGAGGCUUUGCUUGCUCAAGAAGAGGAUCGAAACGACAAGUUGAUGAACAAGAACGAGAGAUUGGAGGAGAAAAUUAGACUGAUGAAGCGAGGAAGUCGAGAAGGCGAGGGACUUCGAGAGGGUUAUGAGCAGAAAGUCUUAGAGGUGGAAGUCUUGCGGCAGAGACUGGUUGAGAGAGACGUUGAAAUCAGAGACGCCGCAGUCCGACUUAGACUUGCAGAGACUCGACUCGUGGACAAAAACGAAACAAUCAUAUAUCUCAAGGACUACCUCAGAAGCAAGGGGUUUCGCGUCGAUUGAGGAGUUAGGCUUCAAGAAGGCAGCUUCCAUUGUUUCCAACAAAGCGGACGAACGAACAAUCUACCUUCGCCGAACAAGAACACAUCAACCAAGGCUAUCGUCGACGAUCUAAAAGAUAAAUUCUUCUUUAUGAAGUAAUUGUCAGAUUCGCCGCUCUAGCGAAGCACUCUCGGUCUUCCAAUGGGAAUCAGCAGCUUCGCAUUCGC